AUGUCAAGCACUCUAUUUGACGACAUUUUUGGAGUCCAGUCGGUGGAUACCGGAAGAUACGACAAGGUCUCUAGAAUCAUUGCAAACUCCACCAGCUCUUCAGACACAAAGCUCACCCUGGACAUAAAUACAGAGCUGUUUCCUGUGUCGAUAGGAGACUCUUUGUCAAUUGCCUUGGCCAAAAACCUCAAUCUGGACGACUCUGAGGAUGACAACAACAUGUUCUCCACCAACGGAUCCUGGAGACCUCCGAAACCAGGCCAGAAAUCUCUCGCAGACGAGUACGAUUACGUUAUGCACGGUACGGUUUACAAGUUCGAGGAAGGAAAAGACGACAACAUUUCUGUUUUUGUGUCCUUUGGAGGACUCUUAUUGUGUCUGGAAGGAAACUACAGAUCUCUCUCGUCUCUCAAACAGGAAAACUUAUACAUUCUAAUCAGACAUUAG